AUGAUUCGAGAUGUUGUUCUGACCUUGUGGCUUUUAAAGUUAUUCAUUUUAGAGAAUGUGUGUCUCUGUGUUCAGGACUCCUCAAAGGCGGUGUCUCUCGGUUUGUGGAUGGAGGAGAUGAUAUUCAACCUGGCCGACUCCAGACUCUUCUUCAACGACCUGGAGGAAUGCGACCAGGUUCAUAUUGAUGACGUGGCAUCGGAUGACAACGGACAGGACCUGAGCACUUAUAACUUUGGGUCGGACGGCUUCCAGAGCCCAGCGGGGGCCGGCUCUCUGUGCCUGGGGUCGGGGGUUCACGGAGGAGUGGACUGGAUGAGGAAACUGGCUUUUAGAUACCGCAGAGUCAAGGAGAUGUACAACACAUACAAUAAUAAUGUUGGGGGUUUGAUGGGCAGCCCCAAGCGAGAGGAGUGGUUACAGCUGAGGAGGGAGAUGGAGGUGCUGACCGACCUGUGGCUGACUCAAGCUCUCAAAGCUCUGGCUCUCAUCAACUCCAGGCCUAACUGUGUGAAUGUGUUGGUGACCACCACCCAGCUCAUCCCAGCGCUCUCCAAGGUGUUACUGUACGGUCUGGGCUCUGCUUUCCCCAUAGAGAACAUAUACAGUGCCACAAAGACAGGCAAAGAGAGCUGUUUUGAGCGUGUCUCUCAGAGGUUCGGUCGGAGAGCGGUGUAUGUGGUGAUAGGAGAUGGAGCGGAAGAAGAGUCCGUAGCCAAGAAGAAGAACAUGCCGUUCUGGAGGGUUUCCUGUCGGGCCGAUCUGGAGGCUCUGAGCCAUGCACUGGAGCUGGACUACCUCUAGAGGGCGCAGCCGUCACUCUCCGCUCCUCCACCAGAACCAUGAGAAGCUCCUGACCUCCUGAGAGCAGCUAGUGGACGAAUCCGCCCCUGAGAGACUGAUUCAGAGUCAGUGUUGCUUUUUCAACACGCAGGAGGACAAACUCACUUUAAAGCCAAAGGAACUGUGAGGAUUUGGAGCUGCAGUUUAUCUCUGAGACAUCAACAUGAGGCCAAAAGCGCUGGACCGAAAAAAAGACCAAAGACAAAUAAGGGACCAAAGCUUCAUAACUAGCCCAGGGAACUAUGGGUAAUACUGCAAAUACUUUUUAAUAACGUUUUUUUUCUUCUUUUAAAUUUGCUUCAUCUCAACUUUAUGAAAGGUGUCCCACUUUUGUCCACACUAUGAAAGUGAUGCACUGAAUGCAAACCUGUACAUCCUGUUUAUUGAACUUGUUGGAUUGGAUUUGUUUUGCCUUUUUUUAUUUGUUAUGAGACUAAACCUGUUUUCCACCGACCAAUGCUGUUACAGAAGAAAUUAGAAACAAGACUUAACCCUCCUGUUAUCCUCAAAUUGACUUUACACCCUUUAUCCUCUGACCCCAGUAGUUUAAAACUCAAGACAAUGAUCAUAUUCAACAUUUUAACCAACAUGUAUGUUUCUGGUGCUUUAGGUGUCUUGGUUGACUACCUAAAUAACCAUUUAAAUAAAACAUUACCCCAACCUUCCCCCCUACAGACCCCUUUAUACAGUACAUCCAGAAUUCCUAUUAUGUGACUAUCGAAAAAAAUAUAUAAAUCACCAUCAAAUCUCACUGAUUGAAAUAAAAUGUUAAAGUAAGAUAUUUUUUAAUUUUAUUAAAGGACCAAUAACUAAAGCAAAGGGUCGUUUUAAAAAAAAAUGUAAUAGUCACCUCAAUAUCAUCCUACACAAUCAACACAAAUAUGAGUAAAAUAUUGACAUUUUUAUAUGUUUUAUACUACCAAAACAGCCUUUGGUCAAAUUGACCCCAAGGAACACCGAUGCGUACAAAGUGCGUACAGGACAUUUAAAAAAGAUCUUCAUGUUCAUUUGAUGUUUACCCACUAGUCCUCACUAAAUUAGGAAAAGUCAUGAAAUACUAAGCAAAGAAAUGAUGUGACCAUUUUUUUAGAUACGUCAAACAUUGGUUUAACAGGAUAACACGAGGGUUAAAGGUAUAUUAUAACAUGGGAUAGAUUUUUCCUUCACUAUUAUUUUAGAAUUGUUUAAAUUUCAUAUUUUGUCUAGAUAAAAGACAAAUAAUAUUCUCUUCAUAGGUAGAGGCUAUUGAAAAUAGUUUGAUUUGUAUUUUACCAUUAAUAUGUGAGCUAUUUAUUAUUUGUUAAAUUCAACACAAUGAGGUAUACAGUUUGGGAGCUUGGCAUAAAAACAUCCCCUUCAAA